ACUGAAGACUGUAAAGAAGUUGUUCAUCUUCCAGAUGAUAAUGAACAGAUAAUGCCUGUCAACAAUGAAUACUUCACUUCAAAUGAAAACUUUAACAGGAAUGAAAUCAACCUCCAAAUUGACGAGGAAGGGCAGAUUCAAGAAUACGAUAUUCAGCAGAAUUCAAUAAAGAGAGAACGUUAUAAAUAUAAUAUCAAAACAAAGAAAUACGUUUCUUCCAGUAGAAAAUGCAAUAAAAUUGAAGAAAAGAUUAAAAGAAAAUACUUCAAGGUUAUGUUUGCAUCUCAUUCUAAACAAAAAUUUACGUGUGAUGUAUGUAAAGAGACUUUCACAAAUAAGAAAAUAUUACAAACACAUCUGUUCUGUCAUAUUGGGAAAAAACCAUUUCGCUGCACAUCCUGCAAUAAGAAGUUUUUGUGGCAAUUUCUUUUGCGAAGACACGUGAAAAAACACAAAAGUGGAAGUAAAAACGAAAUCUUUCAAGGGAAUUUACGUAUGCAGUCAUCUGAAGAUCGAGUAAAGCCAUCUCCAACAAAGGGUGAAAAAUCUAAUAUCCAGCGGAAAAACUUGCACUCUGACAUUUGUGGUAAGCGCGUUCGAUAUGGCAAGGGCCAUUUAGAAAGACAUAAGACAAUACACAAAAUUCAUGCAUGCAAAAUAUGUGGAAAAGAAUUUAAGUGGAAACAUCUGUGGCAACAUGUACAAACACAUAGUGAAGACCGUCCUUUCAAAUGCUAUAUUUGCAAUAAGAGUUUUAAACGGAUAGAGGUUUUAAAAGAACAUCACAAAAAUCACAGUGACAAACGUAACUAUUCUUCUCAGGUAUGUAACAAAAGUCUUAAAACAAAACCUUCUUUGCGAUAUCAUAAUCUUGCUCAUAGUAAAAAAUCUAAUAUCAAGCGGAAAAACGUAGGCCUAUAUUGCGACAUUUGUGGUAAGCGCGUUCCAUAUGGAAAAGGCCGUUUAGAAAGACACAUGAGAAUACACAGAAUUCAUGCAUGCAAAAUAUGUGGAAAAGAAUUUAAGAGAAAUGAUGUGUUAUUGGAGCAUGAACUAACGCAUAGGGAAGACCGUCCUUUCAAAUGCGAUAUUUGCAAUAAGAGUUAUAAACGAAAAGUAUACUUAAAAAGGCAUCUUGAAGUUCAUACUGAUGAACGUAACUAUGUUUGUCAAGUAUGCAACAAAAGUUUUAAAACAAAACAGAAUUUGGCAAUUCAUAAAGUAGUUCAUAAUGAUGAACGUAACCAUAUUUGUCACAUAUGUAACAAAAGUUUUAAACGAAGUAAUGUUUUAAAAAAGCAUAUUAAUACACACAGCAAUGAAUACAAGUUUUCUUGUGACAUAUGUAACAAAUAUUUUAAAAGAAAAGAUGUUUUGGCAAAUCAUAAGGUAGUUCAUAAUACUCAAUUUGAUUAUACUUGUCAAGUAUGUAAUAGAAGUUUUAAACGCAGUUAUAGUUUAAAACAGCAUAUUCGUAAAUACAGCAAUAAAUGCAACUUAUCUUGUCAUAAGUGUAACAAAUAUUUUAAGACAAAACAUUCUUUAAAACAGCAUAACAUUACUCAUAGUGAUAAAAAAAGGUAUGUUUGUGACAUAUGUAAAAAGGAUUACACCAAUACAGCUGCCUUAACCAGACAUUGUCUCACUAAACAUGAAAAUAUGUAUGUAUGCUAUUUUUGUAACAAGCCAUUCAAGACUGAAACUGCGCUAAGAGAACAUUCGAAAAUUCACAUUGAAAAGUGUAAUAUUUGUCAUAAAGAAUUUAAAAACAAAACCACCUUAAUCAAUCACCAAAAACUUCAUUAA